AUGGCAGCAGAGCUAGAAGCCACAGAGGAUGGCUGUUCCACAGACCUUGCAAAGCCCCUCUACCUCCAGUACCUGGAGCGCUCCCUGCGACUGGACCAGUUUCUUCGCCAGACAUCUGCUAUAUUUAAUAGAAGCAUCUCCAGUGAUGAAAGUGAGGAUGGCUUGGAUGAGACCCCCCUGCUUACAGAGUCUGAGGAUCCUUCCAUGCAGGUGAAGGAGGAGCCCAUGUCACCUCUGCUUGGAGAGCUGUCAGAAGAAGGUAAUCCAGGACUGCCUUCUGUUCACUCGCUCAAUGGAGUCCUACAAACAGAGGCAAAAUUUGAGCGAGGAAGUUUGUAUAACUUUUCGAAGUUAAAGAAAAGUCGAAAGUGGUUAAAGAGCAUCCUGCUAAGUGAUGAUACCAGUGAUUCUGAUUCAGUGAGUGAUGAAGAAGAGGAUGGCUACACUCUUUCUAAAGAGGAGCUUUAUAACAUGUUGCGAAUCCACAAAUACAAAAAACUUCACCUGAACAAAUAUCACAAAGACAAAGAGCUCCAGCAGUAUCAGUAUUACAGUGCAGGCCUCCUGUCCACCCAUGAUCCUUUCUAUGAACAGCAGCGUCAUCUCCUAGGGCCAAAAAAGAAAAAAAUCAAAGAUGAAAAGAAAUUUAAGGCUAAGCUUAAAAAAGUAAAGAAAAGAAGACGGCGAGAAGAAGAUCUCUCUGAAGAUGAGUCACCUCAUAGGCACCACCAUACUAAAGUGUUUGCAAAGUUCUCCCAUGAUGCCCAACUCCCAUAGUGAAGAAGAAGCACAUGACACUAGAACAACUCAAUGCUCGUCGCAGAAAAGUCUGGCUCACUAUCGUGAAGAAAGAAUUGCCAAAGGCCUACAAGCAAAAGGUCUCAGCCCGCAAUUUACUGUUAACUAACAGCAAAAAGCUGGCUCAUCAGUGCAUGCGGGAAGUUCGUAGAGCUGCUAUCCAAGCACAGAAGAAUUGCAAGGAAACACUUCCUAGAGCACGUAGGUUAAUGAAGGAAGUGUCACUGUACUGGAAAAAAUAUGACAAGGUGGAGAAAGAACAUCGUAAACGAGCAGAAAAAGAGGCCCUUGAACAGCGCAAAUUGGAUGAGGAAAUGAGAGAGGCUAAGAGGCAGCAGAGAAAACUGAACUUCUUGAUAACGCAAACAGAAUUAUAUGCUCACUUUGUCAGUCGCAAACGAGAAUCUGGUCCCGAUGAAAUACAGGAGGAAAUUUUACGAAAGCUAGAAGACAAUUCAACCCCUCAACAAGUAGGAGGAGCCUCUUUGAGUAUCACACAAGAAGAUUAUGACAGUGACUAUUUCAAAUCUCAAGCGCUGAAGAAUGCAGAGGAGGCUUUUAGGAUACACCAGGCACAGACAAGAUCGUUUGAUGAAGAUGCCAAGGAAAGCAGAGCGGCAGCUCUACGGGUGGCUGAAUCAAGCUUUGGAGAGAGUUACAGUCUGGCUAAUCCAUCGAUAAGAGCAGGAGAGGAUAUUCCCCAGCCCACAAUUUUCAGUGGGAAACUUAAAGGCUACCAACUUAAAGGCAUGAACUGGCUGGCAAAUCUUUAUGAACAGGGUAUUAAUGGAAUCUUGGCUGAUGAAAUGGGCUUAGGGAAAACUGUGCAGAGCAUUGCUCUGUUGGCUCACUUGGCUGAGAGAGAGAAUAUCUGGGGUCCUUUUUUAGUUAUUUCACCUGCCUCCACACUGAACAACUGGCAUCAAGAAUUUUCAAGAUUUGUGCCCAGGUUCAAGGUGCUACCAUACUGGGGCAACCCUCAUGAAAGGAAAGUCAUCAGGAAGUUUUGGGGCCAGAAAACAUUGUACACACAAGAAGCCCCUUUCCACGUGGUGAUCACCAGCUACCAGUUGGUUGUACAGGAUGUGAAAUACUUUCAGAGGGUAAAAUGGCAAUAUAUGGUUCUGGAUGAGGCUCAGGCUCUGAAGAGCAGUUCUAGUGUUCGGUGGAAAAUUCUGCUACAGUUUCAGUGCCGCAACAGGCUUCUUCUAACUGGCACUCCAAUUCAAAACACAAUGGCUGAGUUAUGGGCACUUCUGCACUUUAUCAUGCCUACACUGUUUGACUCUCAUGAGGAAUUCAAUGAGUGGUUCUCUAAGGAUAUUGAAAGCCAUGCAGAGAACAGGUCUGCCAUUGAUGAAAACCAACUUUCUCGGUUACAUAUGAUCCUUAAGCCUUUUAUGCUCAGGAGAAUCAAAAAGGAUGUGGAGAAUGAGCUUUCUGACAAGAUUGAAAUCCUUAUGUACUGCAGUCUGACCAGUCGACAGAAGUUGCUCUAUCAGGCUCUAAAGAACAAAAUAUCCAUUGAUGAUCUCCUUCAGUCCUCCAUGGGUACAGCCCAGCAAGCACAGAACACCACCAGCAGCCUUAUGAACCUGGUCAUGCAGUUCAGAAAGGUGUGUAAUCACUCUGAACUCUUUGAACGUCAAGAAACUUGGUCACCAUUUUCCCUUGCUUUAAGGCCAUACAAGGUGUCUAAAUUUCUAUAUCGCCAUGGCAAUUUAGAAUGGUUCAACCACUCACGAAACAGGUGGCUGCGCAUCCUUCUUUCGCCAUUUGCACCUGAUCACAUUCAGCAAUCACUCUUCCAUAAAAACCGGUCAGACCAAGAAAGCUGCUUUUCUUUUCUUCGAUUUAUUGAUGUCUCUCCAGCAGAAAUGGCAAAUUUAAUGCUUCAGGGACACCUAGCCAGAUGGUUAGCCCUUUUCCUGUCUCUGAAAGCUGCCUAUAGGCUCCACCAUAUUCGUUUCUGGAAGGAGAAGAGCAAGUCUGAAACUACACACACCUACCUGUCCAAAAAUGAUUUCAUCCUCUGUGUCAACUUCCCACUUUCCUUUCCCAGCAUCCACAGUUCUCCUAACUUAAAGAAGUUGGUUUUCACUUGCCACUGUAAGCCAGGUCUUGGAUUACAGACCAAUGCGUUACAAUCAACUAAGUACAGCCAGCCACAUGUUCUUCAUUGUCAGAUUACAGAAAAUAAUGUUCUUGAGCAUCUCAGCACCAGUGGUUACAGCUUUCCCCAUAGAAUCAUAUUGCAGUGACCGAAGUGCAGAAUAUGAAAAACAGAUGCUCAAGAAUGGAGGGAGCCCUGAAGCCAGGCAGUGUUUUCUAUUUGGAGCUCCAGAAUUGCAUGCGGAUUGGCCCUUGAGGGAUUUACAGUUUUUCCCAGAAAACCUAAGUGGUCUGCUGGCCUUCAGACCCUGGCAUGGUUGGUCAUUUAUCCGAAUACCAGACAAGGAGAGUCUGAUCACAGAUAGUGGAAAGCUGUAUGCACUGGACCUACUGCUAACACGCCUCAAGUCCCAAGGACACAGAGUGCUUAUUUACUCACAGAUGACUCGGAUGAUUGAUCUGCUAGAGGAAUAUAUGGUAUAUAGGAAGCAUACAUAUAUGCGGCUAGAUGGCUCUUCGAAGAUCUCAGAAAGGAGGGACAUGGUGGCAGAUUUUCAGAGCAGGACUGACAUAUUUGUUUUCCUGCUAAGUACUAGAGCUGGUGGGCUUGGUAUUAAUCUUACAGCUGCUGAUACGGUAAUCUUCUAUGAUAGUGACUGGAACCCAACUGUAGAUCAGCAGGCUAUGGACCGAGCUCACCGCCUGGGUCAGACCAAGCAAGUCACUGUUUACAGGCUCAUAUGUAAGGGCCUAUAGAGGAACGUAUCCUGCAAAGAGCAAAAGAGAAGAGCGAGAUUCAACGAGUGGUCAUUUCUGGAGGAAAUUUUAAACCAGACACUCUUAAACCAAAAGAGGUGGUUAGCCUCCUUCUGGAUGAUGAAGAGCUGGAGAAGAAAUUACGCCAGAGGCAAGAGGAGAAGAGGCAGCAAGAAGAGACCAACAAAGUGAAAGAACGCAAACGAAAAAGAGAAAAAUAUGCAGAAAAGAAGAAGAAAGAAGAUGAGAUGGAUGGGAAAAAAAAAGAAAGAUGGAGUUAACCUGGUUAUCCCUUUCGUUCCCUCAGCUGAUAACUCAAACCUAUCUGCUGAUGGAGAAGAUUCCUUCAUCAGUGUGGAUUCUGCAAUGCCAAGUCCCUUCAGCGAGAUAUCGAUCAGUAGCGAACUCCACACAGGAUCGAUUGCAAUGGAUGAGAGCAGUAAUGACAUGCUUGUGAUAGUGGAUGACCCUUCUUCUUCAGCGCAACAAUCUAGAGGGACAAACUCUCCAGCAUCUGUUACUGGUUCUGUCUCAGACACACUGAAUGGAAUUUCCAGUCAGGAUGCACAGUAUGGCGGGCGAGGAUGCUCAAAUCGCAAUAGAAAUCGAGCCAAGGCUGGUGGAAUUGGCCCUAAAGGUGGAAAAUCCCGAAGUCGAAAAUCCACUGCUGGCAGUGCAGCAGCAAUUGCAGGAGCAAUGGCAGGGGCAGCUGCAGCAUCUGCAGCAGCUUAUGCAGCAUAUGGAUACAAUGUAUCAAAAGGUCUACCAGCAAACAGUCCCAUUCAGACUUCUCUGUUACGAACUUCUGGCAUUUCAGACUUUGGCCCGUUAAACACCUCCUCUCCAGUUAACUCACCCAUUAGUAAAGGAAACAAUGUAUCUAGCACUUCUAAAAUAAAUAACCCCAUCUGCUUAACACCGGAAAACCCAACACGAAGACACAGUAAAUCUACUGGAAACCCAGGGGGACAGUAA